UCCUAUCCUUGAGCAGAGAACAAAACAGACAUUUUCUAUAAUAAUGUCCUUUUUUAUGGCUAUUUAUUUGAAUAGAAGAGUCAUUUUUGGGAUAAUGUUUCGAGUUUUUAUGGUCUUGCUCUUGUUCAAGAUUGGCUUAUCAAAUUAUGUACCAGCGUCUUUUGUUUUCGGGGAUUCCCUGCUCGAUGUAGGGAACAACAACUAUAUUGUUUCACUGGCCAAAGCAAACCAUGACCCUUAUGGAAUUGAUUUUGGAAUGGCCACUGGUCGUUUCAGCAAUGGAAGAACAGUUGCAGAUGUUAUAAAUCAGAAACUGGGUCUUGGCUUUUCUCCUCCUUACUUGGCUCCCACUACUACUGGAUCAGUGGUUCUAAAGGGUGUCAAUUAUGCCUCUGGUGCAGGUGGAAUUCUUAACAACUCUGGCCAAAUUUUUGGGGGACGAAUCAACUUCGAUGCACAGAUAGAUAACUUUGCAAAUACGAGGGAAGAAAUCAUCUCCUUAAUUGGUGUUCCUGCAGCUCUCAAUUUGUUUAAGAAGGCCCUCUUUACAGUAGCAUUAGGCUCAAAUGAUUUCUUGGAUAACUAUUUGACACCCAUACUCUCAAUUCCAGAGAGGGUGUUGGUAUCUCCGGAAUCAUUUGUGGCCACAUUGGUAUCAAGACUCAGACUACAACUCACUCGGCUAUUCAAUCUAGGGGCCAGAAAAAUUGUUGUGGUAAAUGUAGGGCCUAUUGGGUGUAUACCAUAUGUGAGGGAUUUUACCCCAUUUGCUGGAGAUGAAUGUGUCACGUUACCAAAUGAGCUGGCUCAGUUAUUUAACACCCAAUUGAAGAGCCUUGUUGCAGAGCUGAGGACAAAAUUGGAGGGGUCAUUAUUUGUUUAUGCAGAUGUUUACCAUAUCAUGGAAGAUAUCCUACAGAAUUAUAAUGACUACGGUUUUGAGAAUCCGAAUAGUGCAUGCUGUCACUUGGCUGGUCGAUUUGGAGGCUUGAUUCCAUGCAAUCGUAAUUCAAAAGUUUGUGAGGACCGGUCCAAGUAUGUUUUCUGGGAUACUUACCAUCCUAGUGAUGCUGCCAAUGCUGUUAUUGCUGAGCGUCUCAUAAAUGGUGAUACUCGUGACAUUUUACCUAUAAACAUUUGUCAACUUUCCAAAGCUUAAUCCAAUGGAUGUGAAUUGGAAAUUUUGUGGGAAACUAGAAAAGAAAAACUCAUUUAUUUGUAAAAUGCACAGUGAAAGUGUACUCAUUCGUGAUGAAGUAUAAAUUAAUUAAAGGUAGAUAUAGUUUAUGCACUUUACAUCAGACAUAAACUCGCUUUAAGAAAUCUUAUGUAAAAAUUACCAUACAA